GUCUGGGCUUAGCCCGCCGGGAGGGCGGCAACCUGGGCCUGAGUUUUAUCUCACGCUGAGGGCGGGGACACGGACGCCGGGCCGGGAAGCCGCGGUGGGAUGCGGCUGACGCGGACGCGGCUGUGCUCGCUCCUCGUCGCCCUGUACUGCCUCUUCUCCAUCUACGCCGCCUACCACGUCUUCUUCGGGCGCCGCCGCCGGCCGCCGGGCGCGACCUCUCGGAACUCCAGGAAGGCGGCGGCGGCGCAGGCGAAGGAGAGGCGCGGCCGAGAGCAGUCCGUUUUGGAGAGUGAAGAAUGGAAUCCUUGGGAAGGAGAUGAAAAAAAUGAGCAGCGACUCAGAGUUAAGACUAACCUGCAAAUCUUAAACAAAGCCACGAAAGAAAAAAUAGAGCAUAGGGUGCAAAUCUGGGGCAAAGCUGCCAUUGGUCUGUAUCUCUGGGAACAUAUUUUUGAAGGCACUCUUGAUCCUGCUGAUGUGACUGCUCAGUGGAGGGAAGGACAGUCAGUUGUAGGAAGAACGCAUUACAGCUUCAUCACAGGCCCAGCUGUAGUUCCUGGGUACUUCUCCAUAGAUGUGGACAAUGUGGUUCUUGUUUUAAAUGGAAGAGAAAAAGCAAAGAUCUUUCAUGCCACCCAGUGGUUAAUUUAUGCACAGAAUUUAAUGCAAACCCAAAAACUGCAGCAUGUGGCUGUUGUCUUGCUUGGAAAUGAGCACUGUGAAAAUGAUUGGAUAAUGCAGUUCCUCAAAAGAAAUGGAGGCUUUGUGGACCUGCUUUUCAUCACAUAUGACAGCCCCUGGAUUAAUGGUGCAGACAUUCUCCAGUGGCCUUUAGGUGUAGCAACAUAUAGGCAGUUUCCUGUGGUUGAAGCCAGCUGGUCAAUGCUGCAUGAUGAGAGGCCCUACAUAUGUAAUUUCUUAGGAACUGUCUAUGAAAAUUCAUCAAGACAAGCACUAAUGAACAUUUUGAAACAAGAUGGAAAUGAUAAACUUUGUUGGGUUUCUGCAAGAGAACAGUGGCAGCCUCAGGAGACAAAUGAAAGCCUUAAGAAUUACCAAGAUGCUUUGCUUCAUAGUGACAUCACAUUGUGCCCUGUAGGAGUGAACACGGAAUGUUACAGGAUCUAUGAGGCCUGCUCCUUUGGCUCCAUUCCUGUGGUAGAAGAUGUGAUGACAGUUGGCCACUGUGGAAACACAACCAGUCAGCACAGUGCUCCUCUACAGUUACUCAAGGCCAUGGGGGCCCCCUUCAUCUUCAUCAAGAACUGGAAGGAGCUUCCUGCUAUAUUAGAAAAGGAAAAGACUAUAAGAUUGCAAGAAAAGAUUCAAAGAAGAAAAAUGUUACUUCAGUGGUACCAACACUUCAAAACAGAACUAAAAUGGAAAUUUACUAAAAUUUUAGAAAGUUCAUUUUUUAUGAAUAAUAAAGUUUAAUUACGUCUAGUA